AUGAUUCCCUCACCAAUAACCCUCAUCCUCUUUGCAUCAUCAUGUCUAGGGGCUAUGUUCACACAUUCAGGCGAUCUCCCGAAGAGGGAGUAUGACUUCGUCGUCGUCGCUGGUGCGGCAGGAGCAGUGAUUGCCAGUCGUCUCACGGAAAAUUCUAGAAUUUCUGUCCUUCUCCUUGAGGCGGGUGGAUCUAACGAGAACGUCCUUGACUCCAUGGUACCUGCUUUCGCGGGCCUGAUGGCACCGGGAACGAUUUGGGACUGGAACUUCACAUCUACACCUCAGACUGCAAUAAACAAUCGGAGUGUUGCCGCCGCUCGUGGCUUUAUGCUCGGUGGAAGCACAUCCAUUAACUUCAUGGUGUACACACGGGGCAGUGCCGAAGACUUUGAUCGAUAUGCCGAAAUCACCGGCGACAAGGGUUGGUCUUGGGACCGCCUUCAGCCGUAUAUUCGGAAGGUUCGUACGGCUUCGGCCGGCGCGCGACUUGCACUGAACUUUAGUUCUGUUCCUCAGAAUGAACGUUUUCUCUCGCCGCCUCGCGACCAGCAUAUCGAACCAGCACCUCAGUUCAAUCCUCGAGUGCAUAGCUUCAAUGGCAUCAACACCGUCUCAUUAGAGGGCUUCCCCAAAGAUAUCAACGGAAGGGUGAUUCAGACCGUUCGCGACUUCCAUUCGGAUUUUCCUUUCAAUCUGGAUAUGAAUUCAGGAAACCACCUUGGCGUUGGCUGGGUACAAGCUACCGUCAACAAGGGAGUUAGAAGCAGUUCUGCAAUUUCCUACCUGGCUCCGAGCAUCAUGAAACGAUCAAAUUUACAUGUUUUACUGAAUGCCCGAGUUACCCGAGCAAACGGAAAACCUAGCAAGGGGGGGAAACUGACUUUUAAUUCGGUGCAAUACACGGAAAAUGGCGGAAAGACUUCACAAACUGUUUCUGCUAAUAAGGAGAUCAUUCUCUGUGCAGGAGCAAUGAUGACGCCCCAUAUACUCCUACACUCUGGAAUUGGCGAUUCCCCAACCCUCAAAGCACUGGGCAUCCCACCUGUCCACCAUCUACCAUCUGUCGGUCAAAAUUUUUCGGAUCAGCCCUCCCUUCGAAAUCAGUGGCUAGUCAACUCAACAGAUACCCAAGAAACGAUUGCUCAAAAUGCCACAUUCACCACUGAGCAAUUGGACAGGUGGCGGAGGACAAAAACAGGUCCUCUUGUCGAUCCACCCAACUCCUUUUUAGGAUGGCUUCGGCUUCCAGACAAAGCGGCCAUCUUUCAACGGUUUCGAGAUCCUACUCCUGGUCCCCGCACUGCUCAUUUUGAAUUCAUAAUUGCUAACGGCUUGCUCUCGCGUUCCACACCAGCGACAGGGAAUUUCUUGCGCUUUGGUACAGCGGUCGUACAGCCAAUUUCAAGGGGCUCGGUCAGCAUAAAGUCCACGAACCCUCUCGACCCUCCGGUUAUCGACUACAGGUUGCUCACCUCCGAGUAUGACGUGGUCGUUCUCAGGGAAGCGUUCCGACGGUCGAACCAGUUUCUUUCACACCCGGUUUGGAAGGACUAUCUUCUCAAACCCCCGACAAAUGCAACUACUGACGAGGAAAUUGACCUCUAUAUUAGAGCAAACGCUGGGCCAAUGAAUCACCCUGUUGGGUCUUGCUCGAUGAGCUCAAGGAGUGCAAAGUACGGUGUUGUUGAUCCUGAUUUGAAGGUUAAGGGAGUGGAUGGACUCCGAAUAGUGGAUGCUUCUAUAUUCCCUGUGACACCAACUGCUCAUACGCAAGCACCGGUAUAUAUCAUUGCCGAAAGGGCUGCAGACCUGAUCAAGGCGACAUGGUGGCACUGAUUUUCGAUUCCCUCGCCACCUGUCCGGUCCUUGUGGAUAUCGUGCUACAGCAUAUAGGUGUUAACUUCAACUUCCGAUUUCUUUCUUCCCCAACGGGCACCGUUGGGAUACAGUAAAACAGGAUGUAGGCGACGUAACUGUAACCUUCGAUUGGGGUUUGAUCGAGCCAAU